UUUUUCAUUCAUCAAUCUAAAAAGUUUUAAAUAUCACCAUUCGUAUAAAGAUAAAUUAUUUUGAUUUAUUUUAUUAGCCUUGCUAAUUGUCUUGCAUCGUCUUGCAUUUUCAGGCUAUUUGUUUUGUCAAUGUUCUUUUGCUUUCAUUGGUAGGUUCACUGUUCGUGAGCCGAGAGUCCAUUAAUCGUAAUCUCUUAAUUUUUCUUGUAUAUUUUAACAUAAUUUUUAUAAGCGGGAGAUGAUAAUAAUAAAAAAAUUAAUUCUCCUUGACUAUUUUUAAGCAACUAAAAUCUCAACCCUAAAUUCGUUGUUCAUUAUUCAUUACCCUUCCUCUGCUUGCUUCUUCAAACUUCGCAUUAUCUCUUUUAUACUUUUUUUUACUUACUGUAACCAACUAACAACAAACUCAGAUUCUUUAAUGGAUUAUUCUUCUUCUUUUACCCAUUAAUAACUAGAAAUCAAACAGUAAUUGAUUCGACAAAAUAAGGAAAAAUGGUGGAAGAACAAAUUUCUUCACCAUCAUCAACUGGUGAAAAAUCACUCCGUCAAAUAAUCGACGAUAUAGAAUCACUUUCCUUACUUUCACAUACAAUCCGUGUGUUUCCCGUUAAAUGGCAGGUGAUUCGGAAGAAGCUCGAAGAACUAAGUAAUUUUUUAGUGUUUGCAAAACACCCAGAUUGUAAAAAUGGCGGACAAUUAAUGGAUUCAUUUCAUGCAAUUUCUCGUAUUUUAAUGGAGUGUCGUGAUCUUGCCACGAGGUGUAUUAAUGUAUCUUAUAGUGGGAAGUUAUUGAUGCAGAGUGAUUUGGAUAAAGUAAUUUCUAAAUUGGAUUGUGUUGAGAAAAAACUUUCCGCUAUUUUUAGGGAUUCUGGUGUUGUUACUGAAAAUCUUGCGUUAGUUGUUUUGAAGCCGAAAUUGGGAGCUACUAGAGAUGAAAUGAGGUUUUAUGUUAAAGAUUUGCUAACCAGAAUUAAAAUUGGCGAUACCCAGAUGAAAAAACAAGCAUUAAUUUCAUUAAAUGAAGUGAUUUUUGAAGAAGAAUGGUAUGUAAAGAUUGUUAUUGAAAUUGGUGAUUUUGUGCUAAAUUUAGUGAAUUGUUUGGGUUCAAUUGAGAUUGAAAUUCAAGAAGAAAGUACAUUUGCAAUUUCAGUGAUUUCUGGGUUUGAAUCUUACAGAGGAAUUUUGAUUGCUUCAGGUGUAAUUGGUUCUUUAAUUAGGGUUUUUGAAAAGGGGAGUUUAAAGGGGAAAAAGUAUGCAAUUAAAAGUCUUGAGAAAUUGACUGAAAAUGGUGAUAAUGCUUGGGCAGUUUCAGCUCAUGGUGGAGUGACUGCAUUGUUAAAUUUAUGUUCAAAUCAUGAAAUUGAUGUUGAAUUGAUUGGUUCUUCUUGUUGGGUAUUGAGAAAUCUUGUUGGGAUUGAAGAAAUUAAGCGAUUUAUGAUCGAAAACAAGGCGAUUUCUACUUGUAUUAACUUGAUUAAAGGAAGGGAUGAAAUGGGUCAAAUUGGUGCUAUUGAGUUCUUGCAAUCAAUGGCCUUAUGUGAUGAAAAUGCUUGUCAAUUGAUGAUCAAAGAAGGUGGAAUUCGACCUUUGAUUCGAAUUAUCGAUCCCAAGUCGAAUUUUUCCUUCAAAUUGAGGGAAACUACAUUAAGGGCAAUUGAAAAAUUUUGUUUUUCUUCUAUUGAUCAUGUUAAUAUGUUGAUGAGUUAUGGAUUUAUGGAUCAAUUAUUGUAUUUUCUUCGAAAAGGUGACGUUUCGAUUCAAGAAUUGGCAUUCAAAUCAGCUUGUAGAUUAUGUGGAACAUCAGAAGAUGCAAGAAAAUCAAUGGGGGAUGUUGGAUUUAUGGCUGAAUUUGUUAAGUUUUUAGAAGCAAAAUCUUAUGAAAUUAGAGAAAUGGCAGCUGAAGCAUUAUCUGCAAUGGUUUUACUACCUAAAAAUAGAAAGAAAUUUGCAGAUGAUCAUAAUAUUGGAUUGAUUCUUCAAUUGUUUGAUCGUAAAGAAGGAAAUUCUGGGAAUUUAAAGUUUUUAUUGUCUAUAUUAUUGUCAGUUAGCAGCUGCCAUCAUGUGAGGAGAAAAAUUACACAUUCUGGGUAUUAUAAGAACAUAGAAAAACUUGCUGAUGAUGGUGUUUCUGAUGCUAAAAAAAUUGUCAGAAAAUUAUCAACAAAUAGAUUCAAGACCAUCUUGAAUGGAAUCUGGCAUUCUUGAGAUAUUGUAAGUUUUUUUCCCACUUAUAUUUGGGGUUUAUUUUUCUUAAUUUUUACUGUAUAUGUGCAUAAAUAUAUGGGAUUUUUUAGUUUGUAUACCUACCAAUCCAUUACCUUCCUCUUGUACAGUGUAUUGUGCAUCGCAAAAAGAAAAUUUGUAGUCGGUUUUGGGCUAUUUUUAGGCGUUUUGAGCGAAUACAAAUCUAAAAAACAAAUUAACUAGCGAAUUAUGUAACAUUGCUCUUAUGUCAUUCUAGUUACACUCUCAAUGUUUUAAUUAUUGGUAUGAAAAGUUGAGAACGGUAAUGAAAUGAUAUUGUAAUUUUGCGAGAAAAACGAAUUGACAAGGUUUGAAGUCAUGCUUGUCCGACUCUAAUAACAUUUUAGUUUAAAUAAUUCAUUCUCAUGUGUUACCAAUUUACCACCAUGAAAGUUUUCUUGUUUCGGAAAUUGGGUUGAAAAACUUGUUUGUGAAUGAUAAUUUUAUUGUCAUUGAAAUGACAUUGUACAUUUCAUCAAAAUUAAUAUUAAAACUUAUUAUUAAUAUUAUUAUUUAAUACUAUUAAUCAAACGUGACAUUAUUAUUUCAUAAAUCAUAGUCCCCAAAAGUAGUUUUUUAUUGUAGCAUUUUGGUUAGCUUGUCUGUCUAUCACUAUAAGGGAUGAAAAAACAAGAAAUAGGAAAAAGGUUACAGUAGAAAGUUGAUGUUAUAUACAUUUUGACAGUUAUAUAAAUUCGGUACUCUAUAGCCUAUAGGAGGAUAUCCUUAUGCCCUGUGAUUCUGACAUUAUUGUACAAAUUUUGUUCUCUCCCUCCUACCCCUCGCCCUCUCAAUAAAUGCUUAGCAUUAGCACAACUAAUUUCACCUAAUUUGUUAAUCUUCGAAUUGUUGUCGAUUUUCGGGUUUUAGGCUAUUUUGAGCGAAUCGGAAAUUCAAAAAGCGUAUUAGUCGGUCUCUUGAGAGACCGUUUCUCAAAGACGCCUUUCAAAUCCAACCUAUUAAAGUUAAGGUAAACUAAAAGAUAAUAAUAUGCUCACCGAAUUAUGGAUGGUCUUUCAAAGAGAUCGUCUUUCACAAGAAUUUGUGAAAAUGAAUUAACUAGCGAAUCAUAUAACACUGGACUAUAGUGUGUUAUGAAACUGGCUUGGAUGGCACUUGUAAAGCUUUGGAUUAUAGUUAUAGUAAUGUAAAACCUUUAUAGCUUGGCCGAAUAUGAUAAGAAGCGACUUUAUUUGUGCACUAUAUUUCAUAAUCACUACAGAUGCGAUUUUGUAUAGGGUAAAGCUUUUUGGCUAAAUGUUUAGCCAACUAAACUUUAGUAAGUAUGAUUCUGCUUAUAGUCUUUGUGAUGAAUUCCUUGGAUCUUUCCGGGACUCUAUUGUCAAGGGACUAUCCCUUGGUCCUAAUCUUACCAACUGCUAUAACAAUAGCUACAUAACUUACUGUCAGGCCGUGACUAUUCGUUACAUAGUCAUCUUGUGGGUUCACUUGUGUGGAUAUACCUACGGGGCGUCCGUGGGCUCGGGUCCACAAAUUUACGGUUUAUGAGCAUUAACUUGCAUACACAUUUGAUGGUGUUUAUUUUUUCUUAAAAACAUAUGGUAUUAGGAGGAUUACCCAUCAAAUAUUAUAUGCAAUUCUACAAUUCACUAUUUUAGCGAUGUAGGAUCUUCCUCAUAUGUGAAGUAUUUCCAACACUUACAUAGGCUCGAGUUCAUGCAGAUCUAAGUGUCUGAUACGACUAUUUAGCCAAAACGAGGAGCCUUAAGUGCCCAUCUAUAUCCGUAUGUCAAAGAUUUGAUACAGGUAAAAUGAGGAGUUGAAGUUAGGAUAAGGAGGAAGUACUAUGGAAAGAAGAGUAGAAUAGACACUAGACAACAUAGAAAUGGGACCAAAAUAUUAAAAAGAAACUUAUCUUUUUGUAUUUUUUUGAGUGGGAGCACAUGGGAAAGGUAUGAAGAAAGGCAAUUCUUAAAGGCUAAGGUCAUGUGAUAAGUGGGAAUCAAAGUCUUGAUUAUUUAAACUUUCUUCUUACCCUUCUAAAUACAAACAAAUGAAGGAAAGUGAUAGUUGAUUAUGAUCAUGAUGUAUACUCUGAUAGAAAAUAACCCAUAUGUAAUCAUACAUCGAAGAAUUAAAGAGAGAUUGACUAAUAUAUAUAUUUGAUGGACUACUCUUCCUAAUACCAAUUGGUUUAGUUUUCUUGUAGUCAACUCUCCUCUUAUAAGGAUUUUGUUGUAAACAAACCCAAUAACAAAUUUAUCACUCUUUUGUAUUUACUUGUGAUCUUCUGUUUUCUUUUUAUUGUAAACAAGUCUAAUAAUAAAUUUAUCAUACUCUUCUGCCUUUACUUGUGAUCCUUUGUUUUCUUUUUAAGCUUCUUCAAUGGCAGUUUCCUAUAAUUUAGACUUUACAGUAAUGAAAUUUGCCUUUGUUUUGGAGUUAUUGAUAAAAGUAAUUCUAGUUGUUUUAUUAUUAAUGCCAUAUUUUGACUACUACUUGCACUGUUUUUUGGGAGCUACCUUGAUUUUUUAGGUGAUUUGUGGAAACAUACACUGUUUUGUGCACUACUCCUGUGGUAUAUCUUAGUUUUAUUGUCAUAGAUAUUCACUUUUUUUGUACAAUAUCGUUUUACUCGGUCUUUUUGUCAUAUAUUGUUAACUAGUUUGACCAACUGGAGAUAUUUGCUGAUUUAUUUACUAUUAAGUCAACUCUCAUAGAUAGUGAAUAUUUUGAAUUAGUUUAGAAUUUUGGAUUCACUAAUUCUUAAAUGAGAUCUUUAUUGGGCUGGCUAAAUACACAUUUUUUAAAUUGAUCACUUAUAAUUUUAAGAAAUUUUUUUUUUAUGGUUUUAGAGUGAUUACUUAUAACCUUAAAACGAUCACUUACGAUUUUAAAGUAAUCAAUUAAAAAAAUGAGUUAAUAUAUGAGUUCGUCUCAUGAUGAAACAGUUUUAUACAAGACGAGCUAUUUUGAAUUAGGAUUGAAAAAAAAAUUAAGAUAUUUAAAAAAAAAUACAAGGAAGCAUGAUGAUGCCAUGAGACACGUCACACACAUGAAGUUUUGGAGCAAGUACAAUAUUUGCCCAAUGAGUGAUGGCAAUCAUUCGUAAACAAAUAGAUCCAACCACCAAAAUACUCUCGAACGAAAAAAAAUAGUUACGUUUCCCUAAAAAGUUCUCACAUAAUCUGAAGAAUUAAGUUAAUUAUUAAAUUAUUAUGUAGAGUUUUUAUUUUAAAGUUAUCUCACUAAAAAAGGAUUUCUUAUAAGAAUAGCUCUAAGUUCAGAUAUUCGUUUUCCAUUCUCUACCACUCAAUAUUUAGUUUAGCAAUUUUAGUGAAGGUAUUAGCAAUUUAGUUUAGCAAUAUAGAGGUAUUAAACUUUUAAGCCACAAAAUGAAAUUGUGGGAAGAGUGAUAUAGGGGAGAAUUAAACAGGAAACAGUGAUUAUAGAGAACUAAUUCGGUUAAUGCCAGAAAGGUCAACCAUUGAGGCAAUUCAUGUUUUGAGGAGACUGAUGGAGAAAUAUAAGGAGCGGAAGAAAAAUCUGCAUAUGAUGUUUAUUGACUUGGAGAAAGCGUAUGACAACAUACCACAACGUGUCAUCUGGGAUAGCCUCAAGGCUAGAGGUAUUUCUUCAGUGUACAUUGAGGCCAUAUGGGAUAUGUAUGACAAAAAUUCGACUAGCAUUCAAACACCGGUGGGGAUAACAGAGCCUUUUCCGGUUAAAGUGGGACUACAUUAGCGAUCGGCUCUAAGCUCUUUCAUUUUUACUGUCAUAAUGGAAGAGAUUUCUAAAUCUAUUUGGGAGACGGUACCGUGGUGCAUGAUUUUUGCGGACGACAUAGUGCUGGUAGCAGAAACUAGAGAGUAGGUUAGUAACAAAUUGGAUGAGUGCAGGGAAGCUUUAGAAGGCAAAGGAUUGUGCAUUAGCCGUACGAAGACCGAGUAUUUGCGCUGUGACUUUAGUGGGACAUCACCAGUAGGUGAACCAAAGGUGUCCAUAGAUGAAACAGGUGUGAAGAGUACAACCAAGUACAAGUAUUUGGAAUCGAUCAUUCAAAGGGAUGGGGAUGUAAAUCAUCGUAUACAUGCGGGAUGGCUCAAGUGGCGAGCAGCCACCGCAAUGCUAUGUGAUAAGAAAUUCCCAAGCAAGUUAAAAGGAAAAUUUUACCGGGUACAAUCAGACCUGCUCUGAUAUAUGGGACCGAAUAUUGGCCUGUAAAGAAGAUUUUCGAACAUAAGAUGGAAGUUACAGAAAUGCGUAUGCUGAGGUGGAUGUGUCGGCACACAUUGAUGGAUCAAAUUAGAAAUCAAGAGUUUAGGGAUAAACUAGGGGUAACCCCUAUAUCUAGAAAAUUGUGUGAAAAUAGAUUAAGGUGGUUUGGUCAUGUGCGGAGAAAGACUUUCGAUGCCCCUGUGAGGAGGGUAGAAAGCAUUAUAGUAGAGGGUAAGAGUAGUCGAGGAAGACCCAUGAGAACUUGGGAUGAGCAAAUAAGAGUUGACUUGCAUGAGUAAAACCUCUCUGCGGACCUGACUAGGGAUAGUUACAGUUGGAGACGUCAUAUCUAUGUCUUAGAUUACUGAUGUCCUCUUAGUCUAUUUUUUAGUGUUCUUAACCUCUUGAUUUAUCGUUUCCUUUCUAUUAGUUCUUUGUUUUCUUUUGUAGUGGUUCUACUUUUUAUAGGCCUUUAAGUUAUCUUGCACGUGUAAUCACGUCUCUUUAUCUUCCUCGAGCCGGGGGACUCCUUUGGCGGCGCUCUCCUUUAUGGGUAUGAGUUGCCUCCGUCUUUUCCUCCCCAGACCCUAGCCUUAGUUUUUCUAUGAGCGGGAUAUACUUGGUAGAAUGAUGAUGAUGAUGUACUCCACCUAUUCACCAGAGUCCUAAAAGUUGAAUUUUAUAGUUAAUAAAACGAUCCUGCUAACG